GGGUGGUGUGAGUGCGAACGCGGAUUUAAGCUCUACGUAUGUGCGUGUGUUGCUUAUGCUUAUGACUUGUGUGUAGAUGUGUGACUUAUGUUUAUGCUCGCUGUUUGAACGCCGAUGUACAGCUCAUGCACGGCACUAUGGGGCUUUUAUUGCGGAGAAUGAGAGAACGGGAGAGGGAGAAAAAUUGAGUUUGUCAGGAGUCUGGGUAAAACUGCAUGCAGUAAAGCGAAGUGUGUGGUGCCGCCGCAGGCUAAAGUGUCGUCGCAGCCGCAACUUUGAUACUAGUGUUGAUCGAGUGGUGUGAGUAUGUGUACAAUUUUUCGAUCAGAGCAAAGAACGGGCAGGAAAAAUAAGUACUGCCAACUUUUAAAUUUAUAAUUUGCAAUUUGGAGAUCUGUGCUCCUGUGUAGUUCUAUAUUCGGUGGGACAUAUGUUUCCAAUGUUGUUUGUUUGUCAUGUUGGCCCUCAAAUGGAGUGCUGCGGAAAGGAUAAGUGUUAAAUUGGCAAAGUUUUCGUUUUUCUGAUUGCGGAUUCCUGCCACUUCAGUGGAAUCUUGUGCCUAGCAGUGCGUCUCAAAAUGGCAACCCGUGAAAAGAAGCCCAGAUCGGUGAAUUCAGACUCUCCCACCCCGUCCCUCGGCGGCGGCAGCGAUUCAGCACCUUCGACACCAACAAGUAAAGGUAAAGCUAGUCGCGCAUCCUUGAGCAGGCAGAGAUCGAAACAACUGGUGAACGCAAACGAGGACUCUAUUCAAUCAACAGAUGAUAUUACUGAUAUGACAACCGCCGACACAGCAAAUUCGAGUGCUGGCAGAUCGAGCAGCAGUAGUAGUAGCAGAACUACACGAGCUACGAAGGACGAGCCUGUGGAACAAACUAGCGGUUCGAAAGAAAAGGAAGAACCUAAAGACUCAAAGGAUACGAAAGCGCCCGCAGGUAAGGGUGCAACAAAAAAGAAGAAGCCAGUACGUGCUAGCGAAAGUCAGGUUAAGACCACUGUCACAGCACUCAAGAAAACUACACUAAUCAAAAGAAAAACUAGGCCAAUUGUAGGCAAACCAGUACUGGGUAAAAAGGUCAUCGCACGUAAACAAAUCAAUGCCAAAGGCAAAAAGGAAGUGACCGUGACCGUGAAAGAAGAUGAAGGUAAAAAUACUAGUCUGCGCAAUGGCAAACCGCGCGCUACAGACAGUCCAUCAUCUAAACGAAAAUCGGUCACUCCAAAGGAUAAAUCUCCAAAAGAUUCUUCUGCAGAAACUGUCACUGUGGUGAAAAUGGAACGUCGUCGGUCAGAUUCCGUUUCAAAAUGCUCAGAUAUAACCGAUACCAGCAUGCUUGAUACGUCGUCCUGUAAGGAAGAGGACGACAAGAAAGACGACACCAGUCUGUCAGAGCUCAAGCGCGAACUUUUGGAGGAAAACGAAACAAAGACUAAAAUUCUUGACAAAAUGGCAGAGGCGUUUAAUGAGCGAAAGACACCCGUGCCAAUAUGUAAGGAUGAAAAAACUGUGCGUCGCAGCGCUCGACAGAGAAAAGGUACCGGCCGUGAUAAGGAAGAUUUUGUAACACCCAAAAUAAAGGCGCCAGUUGAAAUUAAAGUCGAACCAAUGGAUACCGAUGAACCAACGGCCGCUCCGUUGAGCAUCGACACAGAAACGUCAUCAAAGGAGACGCCUAGUACCGAAUUGGAAAAGGACUCGUCGUUAAGUCCUGAGCUUAUUAGUGAAGGUGUUUCUGAAAUAAGCGUGAAAGAAUUCUACAGUGAACCUGCUUUCUUGGAAAAUAAUCUAGGAAUCGAAAAAGAUCCUAAAUUGGGUGAAAUUGUGCAAGUUCAAGAAAAAAUAAAAUUGGAUAAAGAAAGUGAAAGUGUAGUGACGGCCAAUGGCAGUACAUCGCUUAAAAGCGAUACUCAAUCGGUUGUGAUUAAAAAAGAAAAAAUUGAACCCGAAGAAAGCAAAGAGGAUAAUGCAGAUAGUGCUGUGUUGACUAGUGAACUCAUGGAAGUUGAUAAGCUGAAGGAAAUUAUCGGUAUCGUAGGAAGUAGUGAAAAGCAAAAUAAAGUACCGCCUGUGGUAGUGAUUCCAAGUUAUGGUAUCAACUCUGGUAACGAAUCGCCUCUUUCGGACGGUUCAAAUGAUAAAGAUUCGUUGUUUAAUACAAGUUGUAAAGUGGAUAGUAUACUAAGAAAAUUAGACUCUCGCUCUGAUUCCGAUGGGGAACGAUCAGGGAAACAAAAUACUCAAAAAUGUAAAUCUUCGGGUAAAGAGUCAAAACCGAAGGCUCGCAACUCAAAGGAUAAGGGAAAAGAAGACGAGAAGAUAAAGGAGGAAAAAUUGCGACAAGAGAAACUUCGCGUCGAAGAAAAAGUGCGUGAGGAGAAACUUCGUGCGGAACGCCUCAAACAUGAAAAACAAAAACAAACCGGAGACAAACAACCCAACGAUAGUACUGUAAAGCAAGAGCAAAAUGUUAACAGACUGUCCCCUGGAACAACUGAGCCAGUCGGUAAGCAAAAUAGUCCUAAGCAUGAGAGUGAUGUUGUUUCGGUUGUGGAAAAAGUAAUUCCGUCGACAACCGUUACAACCCUCAGCCUUACAUCAGCUGAUUCUCAUUUAGUACUUUCUGUUACCUCGUCGGAGUCAAUUGAUUUUGUCGAGCAACCUACAACUAAUGAUACGCCCAAGCUUGAACCAAUCGUAACUAAUACGAUAACUUUAGAAAAUCUUCCCGCCAUCACCCUUCUGAAAAAAGAAUCCAAUCAGACCAAGGAUGACAGCAAUGUCGAGCCUGUUCAACUGAAAGCUGAACUAGAAAUUCUCCCCCUUAAAGAAAUGGUGGUGGCUAAGGAAGAAAAACUCGUAGAAAAGGAUUACGAGACAUCGAUAUUCAUUGUUUCCAAGGGCGAAAAAUUGCUUGUACCUGCAAAGACAGCUGCUGCUGAGGAUAACAAAUUCUCUCCUAGUAUUAUCUCUGUACAGACUGAGCAGGAUUCUACUAAUACUGCUAUUUUCAAAGAAAUUUCGGCAGAAAAACCAGAGGUAAAAGCACCAGAAGCGGUUGAAAAUCGCGAAACUAUCAAAGAAGUUCCACAGAUGAACGUAUCAAAGACUGUUGAAGAAUGUUCGCUUAGCGUGGCUGAAGAGCUUCCAAUGGCUGAAUCCGUUAGAGAAGACGCAGAUUUUUCUUCGUUAGCCGAGGUCGAGGACGAGUCGGACGAUAUUGCUAAGCAAAAGGAGUCCCACUUCAAGCAUUUGGGAUUACUUACCCUUCAGGCUGCCAGCGCUGAAAAACAGCGGCGAAAGGAGCUUGGCCUUCAAAAGCCAUCUGGAGGCUCUGGAAGUGGUUACAGCUCAUCUUCCAGCAGCGGGGGAGGCAAAAGUAGCAGUAAACAAAGCCGAAAUUCUGAAUCCACCGGAACCCUAAAAACUGUGAUAAAACUUAAUCGAGGUGAAAAGCGCAAACCACGACUGCCGUUGAAAAUGACACUGCAGAAGGGGAAAGGUAAAGGCGCCGAAAAGGAUGCCAACGGCGGGAGCGGAAAUGGAGAGACAGCAUUCUACAUCAUUCACAAUGAGAGUGAUCAUCAAAAUCAAUCGAUGCCAGACGCGACAGGAGCGACGCAGCAAGUACGAAAAGCGCACAGCCGUUCCCACACCACCGAUGGUGUUACACUGACCGAAGUGGUCGCAGAAACUGUCGCCAAAGAGGUAGUGCAGAAGGCACUCGUCAUCCCGGAAAAAGCAUCUUCGUUUAACGUGCAUCCGGAGCGAUUGUGUCAGGAUCAAUGUUUCUAUUGUGGUGGCAAGUUCGGCCUGUACGAUACGCCAUGCCACAUUGCAGCAAUGAAGUCCACCGAAAGGCAGCAAAAGAUCUUAGAUAGCGAGGUGAAAAUCAAGAUCGAUAGCUGCCUAUGCGACGCCUGCUUUCGACACGUUGAUAGGAAAGCCAAUUGUCCUUCCUACAGGAAACGAACCGAGGCAAAAUCCCUUUCAUCGCUGGCGAAAAUGCAGAGCAACACUAGUGUGCCUACUGACGACAAGCAAGCGCAAGAUGAGAUUAUAUUGAACCAAACCCCCUUGUCGGCGGAAAAUGCGGAAUCAGAAAGCAAAGACGGACCGAGUCAGGUAUCAUCCAUCGAAGAUAUGGAGGUUAUGGAAGACAAAAUCCAUGGCAGCUGUUACGUGCAGAACUGUGGUGCAAAUGCUUCGCACACCAUACGCCGCAAAUGGUUGCUCAAGAUGAAGAAAACCAUCCUCAAAAUCAUGGAGAUCAAUUUGGAACAAAACAGCGCCACGUCGAACCUUAUUCCAAUCUGCGAUGACCACUAUAAGCUCAUAGACCACCUGAUGAUAUGCGCCAUGUGCAGACGUCGAUUGCCGAAGAACCACAUCUAUUACAUAGUCAAUGAAAUUCCGCAAUUAGAGCGCCUUAUCCAGGAGCAAGGAAUAGCAAUGAAGCUUGGCAAUUCGACGCUAGUCGUGUGCAAAUUAUGCAGAUACUAUGCUAAUUUGUUACUUAAGCCACCGGAUGCAAAAUCACAGAAGGCUCAGUUCAUCAAGAACUACAACCGAAGGUUGCUACAAUCGUAUGAGCGCGAAAACGAGCAAGAACAAUUAGCCGCCGACUCGGUCGUUGUUGAAGCGGUCCGAAUAGUCACCAACCCAGACAUUGUGAUUUCGGAUGGUGAGGACGAUUCAACGAGCUCUGUGAUGGUGGGUGAGUCCGUCUCAUUGCAGCGUCGCAGACCGCACUCACGUAAGUCUACCGAACUUUCUGUUGCGGAUGCAAGCUGUACUCAAGUGGGUGAACUUGAAGAAGUUACAAUAACGCCGGCACCAAAGCUUGUUACGUCUGGUGCCAAUGCUAGCAGUAAUAGUUCUAUCGUGCUCGAUUCGACCGAUGUUUCCAUUGAACAACAGUCAGCGUCGGCGGAAAAACGCCGCAAAGAUGAUGCGCUUGAUAUGACAAAGGCCCUUAAAGCCAAUCCGAACAUUUCAAUGCGUGAAUUGUUCCCUGGCGAGGAGGAGCUUGGUAUUCACAUCAAUAUUCCGUUUAGCACAGCUUCGACACGAACGCCAGAAGGAUGGGCCAAGGUUACAACCACUUUGCAAUAUGACGAUGCAACUCGUGCCCUGUGGGAAGACUUGCAAAAACCGUAUGGAAAUCAGUCUAGCUUUUUGCGGCAUUUGGUGCUAUUGGAGAAAUAUUUUCGAAAUGGCGAUUUAAUAUUGUCACCACAGGCUAAGAAUAAUGCUGCAUCAUACUCAGAGGCGGUCCAAAAUCGGCUUCGAUCAUUCGACAAUAUAUCUACCCCGUCUUCACUAACGAUUGUCGAGAAGAAUACCAUUCUUCAGCAGCUAAGCAAUGCACCAAUUACUAUAAUUCCCACUGCCAAGUCUAGAAACAAACCCUCAACAGAACCGGUUAGCUUGCUAAAGUCCAAUAAUCCGCACCUAGUGGGAGCAACAAACGAGCCCGCAACUACAAUAAAGCGAAAACUUUCCACUGAUGCCACAUUGAAAACUGCCUCUGGUAAACAGGAAAAUGCGGCUCCGGGAGGCAAAGUGAUGAAAUUGGACGAAACCAUAGUUGUACCAGCGGCAAAAUCCGUGGGUAUGGUACCUCCAGAGCUUAUUAGUAUCAAUGCAAAGCAAAACGUUACGAUUACGUCGAUUCCUUCGACCAAAUCGCAAUCUUCGGCACUUCAGCCACCUCAGCAGCAGCAAUCUUUGCUACAACCGCAGCAGUCACUUUUACAAUCCCAAACGACGAACAAAAAAUCCCCGGGAACUAGUGGCCGUGAGAUUAUCAAGUUGCCUGAUCAGCUGACAGAAGCAGAACGACGUGAAACUUCUAAACCCUGGCGACCAACGUUAAUACCGAUAACACCUGGUAGUUCCGAAACCAUAAAAGCGGGCCCUCUCUAUCAAACCGCUGAUGGACGCCGCCUGCCUAAGUUGGUGCAAGUUAUGUCCGGUGGAAAACCUUAUCACAUUUCCAUCAACGAUUAUAACCGUAUGUGUAUUUUGCGUCGAGAGAAACUUCUCCAGCAACAGCAACAACUGCUCCAGCAACAAAUUCAUCAGCAUCAGAAACGACUACAGCAACAGUCACCUCCCACCCUCAUAAGAGCUCCUACCCCAAAACAAGCAGAAAACAACACUGCUUCCAAGAUGGUUCAAAUUCCUAAUCAGAUCCUCGAACAAAAUUCUCUCAUACCAAUCAAUAACACCGGGAACAAUAGCAACGCCUCAGCAAAGUCGAACGGUCCUAGCAGUGAACUACAGCAGCUGAUACGCAUGCGUAAACCGAAUAGUAGUGGCAAUCUAGUGUCGACUGCAACGAGUGCUGCUGCUGCAACAGCAUUCUUCAAGAAUACCCUGUCAAUGAAUGCCGCCAGCAAAGCCCUAUCGCUACCAAACAGCACCAGUGUGUUCUCGAUGCCCGCCCAGAGCCAAUCGCAGCAACAGCAGCAGCAACAUCCGCCAAACGCAUCCUCCCCAACAACUCCAUCACAACUGGAUCAGCUCAUAAAGAGUAACAACCAACUCCUGAGUAGCUUCGUCAACCAGUCGCAGUUCAGCGCGCUGGUGGCAGCGGCGGCAGCGGCCGCUUCUGGCAAUCCGUUGCUGACGGGAGCUGGCACGAGUGGUGGAUCUAUUCUCAUGGACAACUCGGCCGCUCAGUUGCUAUCCAAAAUACCAAAAUCCCUAACUGUGAUACCACAACAAAAACAAAGAUCCUUGUCACGUGUCUCCUCGAACGAGGACCAAAGCAGUGCCUAAGCGAAUGAAAUCGAUAAUACAAGCAAAACUGAACUGCACACUAAUCGUUAAUGGAACGUAGAACAGAAAAAAAGUUUGUCCGCGAAACAAAAACAACAAUGAGAUGAAGAAAAGGAUGUUGAUCAAUUUUUUUAGGAUUUAGAUUUUUUUCCUUCCAAGCUUCUCAAAAAUAUCGCAACACUUACACCUAGCAAGCAAAUAGAAUAUGCUAAGCCCCACAUACACAGACACUCGAGAACUAACAAUUAAUUGCUCUAGUCACUUUGGCUUGUCUUUAAACUAUUUUACAAGUUUUCGUUCAUAAUCGGUUUCUUUACUGUUAAUGGAUGAAAUCAGAGGCAAACGCGCAGGAAAACAUUCCAACACGAGUGAGCACUGAACGACAACGACAGCAACAUGCCUGAUUUGCCGAAUGUAAUACGCAAAACGGACAUUUUUAACACCAACUCUGUUGCUACAUUUGCUUUGUCAAACUGAGUUUGAAACAGACAAAACAUCAGCACAUGCAGCAAAAAAAACGAAGCCAGUGAAGCAACUAUUGUCGCACUUUCACGAAACAAAUAACAGGCCCAUGAAUGAACCGAAAAACAACUAUCAACUAGAAGAUCAGUAAAGGUUACUUUGCGUUGUUCUUCUUAUCAUAGGUUUUGAUUUGCCACAGGCGUAAACAUUUAAGUUUUAGUAUACAAUUGCACUAUAAUUAUUCAUUGCAACUAUAAUUAUUCAGAUAACAGAUAACUUAUUAGUAAAGCUAAAUUGGAUCUUACGUAAUCGUUAUUGUACUACAUACGCCCCUAUUGAAUACCAUUAUACACUGAAACCAUGAAAAUAUCACCGAGCUGAACUUGGUACACUAUUUUGCAGAUAAUUUUACAAUAGCGUAGGUUUUCCUCCCAUCAUUUUCACGAGACAUAUGUUAUAUGAACAGCCUUUGUUUAGAUUUGGGCUUUGGCCGAAACGGAUCAGAUAACAACACUCUGGCGGUAAAUUAUUAUACAUUUAAUAGGUAUACACUUUAUUCAUUUUGCUUUGAUCAACGCUGCAAGAAAGUUUUCGGCAAGCACCCUCUUAGUGUGGUAAGAUGAAAAUAUAACAAUGGAACUAGCAGUAAUACACCUUUAUCUAGGUACAUAUGUUAUUUAUAAGUAAUGGUUUACAAUAAGAACAAGAAGACAGAACUACAAACGAAAACAAGGAGUUAAAACAAAAAAAAAACUAUGAAAGAGCAAAACAUAUGAGAUAGUUGACUAUUAUUUAAUGAAUUUUAGGAAUCAAGAAAAUUAAGGACCUGUAUUUUAUCACACCUAUCAAUUGAUGAUGAAACACAAAAAUACAUAAAUAGACUUACAACGUCGAAUUAAAAACAAAAAUGUAUAAAUUUGAAAUAAAAUUAAAGGUAUUCCAUAA